CAACACCUUUCAGACCGGAGAGGAAAAGGGGCGGGGAUGAGGAGGAAGGCAUUUUCAGCCCGUAGAGUGUUUCAGUGUGUGUUUGUGUGAGUCAAAAGUGUGGGUCUGCAGUUCGGCUACAUUUUAUGGGAAAGUCAGUUUCCCACCAUUGUGUCCUCAGCGGUUGCCAGACACUGACAGGGCUUGUAGUCUGUGUGUGUGUGGAGUUCUGUGUGUGUAGAGAACAGACGCUGCUGAUUUCAGAGAGCAGCACAGGAAGAGGCAGAGUUCAGAUCGUGUUGGAGCCUCUGAGGUGAAGGCAGCUCUUCCAAAUCUGCGAGUGUCCGGCUGUCUCUCUGGACUGGUUUUGUUUUUCCAUCCUGUGGUUGUGGAGCGUUGACGUCCUGCUUUUGAUUUUGAGCGUGGCGGUUCCCGGCGUGGCCUAGCCAGUGGUGCUAGUGGCAGUGGUGAGCUACAGGGCUGCAUGCCAUGGGCUGUGUCUUCUCCCUGCCAGAGGACAGGAGAGAUGCUGCUGAGAGAACACCCACCACAAGAGAGACCAGUUUCAUUGAGAAAAUGAAGAAAACAGGCAAGAACAUCAUUGUGUUCUACGGCUCCCAGACGGGCACAGCAGAGGAAUUUGCUAACAGACUGUCCAAAGACGCUCAGCGCUACGGCAUGAAAGGAAUGGCUGCCGAUCCAGAGGAGUACGAAAUGGGGGAGCUGUCCCGUCUAUCUGACAUUAAAAACUCCCUCGCCAUAUUUUGCAUGGCCACCUACGGUGAGGGAGACCCAACAGAUAACGCUCAGGACUUCUACGACUGGCUGCAGGAAAAUGAUGAUGAAGACCUCUCUGGACUGAACUACACUGUAUUCGCUUUGGGCAACAAGACAUAUGAACAUUACAAUGCAAUGGGAAAAUACGUUGACAAAAGGCUCGAAGAACUCGGGGCCAAGCGCAUCUUUGAUCUUGGCUUAGGAGAUGAUGAUGGCAAUUUGGAAGAGGACUUUGUUUCAUGGAGAGAGCAGUUCUGGCCGGCCGUCUGCGAGCACUUUGGAGUGGAAGCCUUGGGAGAUGAAUCAAGCAUACGGCAGUACGAGCUGAAGGAGCACACUGACAUCAACAUGAACAAAGUGUACACAGGAGAAAUUGGCCGCUUGAAGAGUUUCGAGGUCCAAAAGCCGCCCUUUGAUUCGAAAAACCCUUUCCUGGCUCCAGUCACUGUCAACCGCAAACUCAACAAAGCAGGGGACAGACAUCUUAUGCACUUGGAACUGGAUAUAACAGGCUCCAAGAUCAGAUAUGAGUCAGGAGACCACGUUGCUGUUUUCCCCACAAAUGACUCUGCACUUGUGAACAAACUGGGACAAAUCCUUGGAGUGGACCUUGAUGUGGUUAUCUCUCUAAACAACCUUGAUGAGGAGUCAAACAAGAAGCACCCUUUCCCUUGCCCCACCACCUACCGCACGGCCCUCACUCACUACCUGGACAUCACACACCCUCCUCGCACCAACGUCCUCUAUGAGCUGGCACAGUACGCCUCUGACCCCAAAGACCAGGAUAAUAUGCGAAAGAUGGCCUCUUCCUCACCUGAGGGCAAGGCACUCUACCAGAACUGGGUGUUGGAUGCCAGUAGAAACAUCCUCGCCAUCCUGGAGGAUAUGCCUUCUUUGAAGCCUCCCAUAGACCACCUGUGUGAGCUGCUGCCUCGUCUCCAGGCUCGCUAUUAUUCCAUCGCCUCCUCCUCGAAGGUUCACCCCAACAGCAUCCACAUCUGUGCAGUAGUGGUGGAGUACAAGACCGCUACCGGCCGCCUCAACAAGGGAGUUGCCACCAACUGGCUAAAGAACAAACUGGUCACUGACAACGGCCACAAGUCCACCGUACCCAUGUAUAUCCGCAAGUCUCAGUUCCGCCUCCCCUUCAAAGCCACCAACCCAGUGAUCAUGAUCGGCCCUGGGACAGGAAUUGCUCCCUUCAUGGGCUUCAUCCAGGAGAGGGGCUGGCUCAAAGAGCAAGGAAGGGAGGUUGGAGAGACAGUGAUGUAUUUCGGCUGCAGACAUAAGAACGAGGAUUAUAUCUACCAGGAGGAGCUGGAGGAAGCAGAGAAAAAUCAAGUUGUAACGCAGCUUAAUGUCGCCUUCUCCAGAGACCAGGAGCACAAGGUGUACGUGCAGCAUCUCCUGAAGAAGAAUAAGGAGCACCUCUGGAAGCUGAUUCAUACAGACAACGCUCAUAUCUACGUCUGCGGGGAUGCAAGGAACAUGGCUAAAGACGUGCAGACGGCCCUCUACGAGAUAGGAGAAGAACUGGGAGGCAUGACGCGCACACAGGCCACAGACUACAUCAAGAAACUGAUGACGAAGGGACGCUACUCGCAAGACGUCUGGAGUUAAAGAGCAUCAGUCUCACUACUCAACUGUUGGUUUUAAAUUUUCUAUUUUUUAUUGUGUGUCUUGUUUUAUCAGGACUGGAUAUAAAACCAUUUAACACUUGCUCAUCACCCUGGUUCAUGAAAACUAGAGGUAGCAGAAGAUCUUGAGGCAAACACUACCUCAGCAGGUUUUGUCGAUAAACACAUUCAGCAGUUUUAGUCUGUAUUUCCUGUGUAUGCUACACUAUGUUUCUGGACCACCAGCCUGUGUCUGCUGGGGGGUCCUGACUUGAGCCGUGGUCUCAGACCAAACAACCCCAACUGGUUUCUAGAGAUCAUUAAGAAUCUGAUUAUAAAUGAAUGAAUUUGUUCAAUCGGGUGGUUGACUGCAACUCUGGGUGCUUGGGGGUUGGGUGUAGGACACUGCUGGCUUUAAAUUCCUCAUUCUUUCAUGCAAAUUCAGCAGAGAGUCAUCUUCAUUUUAGAUUUAAAGUGGAAACGGACAACUUUUUAAACACAAAGAUGACCAGAUCUCUUUCUGUUUUCCUCUGAGCCUGGCAACAGGGCUCAUUUUGCUGCAGAGUUUUGUCCAGUUAAUUCAAUUGUUCCACUGUCUGCCAUUUCCGCUACUGGGAAUUGUAACUACAAAGACCUCAGACUGAUACUCUUUGGUAACUGGAGAUGGCUACCCGGGAAAACAAAAGCGCUAUCCUCUUCCUGUUUUAGUUUCACAAUUGUUGAUGCACGUCCUUUGUGCUUGAGGCCUCAUUUUUCCAGGAGAUCAUAUCCAGUGUCAGACAGAACUGUAUAAUGAAAGCGAGGCCUAUAGGGAGCCAGUGUAAACGCAGAUGGUGUCAUUAUUCUAUAGCCACUAUAUUGUGUGUUCACUUUACUUCUGAUGCAAAAAAUGUCUAUUUCCACUUUAAUUUUGAUCAGAUUCAUUUUUAUAUUGAUGAGUCAACCAGAGCAGCUUUACAAACUGAUGACUUGGCAUGGGGCAGGGUCUCGCCGCGCCCCACUUCUGAAUGCACCUGAUAUAAUUCCACUGUGAACAUAAAGAUUUAAAUUAAAAGAAGUUUGUUCAUUUUGCCAUCUUGAAAUAUUCCUAACUUUUAUCUGACUGAGUAACAAAUCGUGGACGUGACACCGCAGUAUGUUGGAUCAUAUGUUGAAGUGAAUAUACAGAUGUGUGUUCCUGUUGCAGUGUGAACACUCGGAGAGGCUUUAGACGUGACAGGUUGAUGACAUUAGUUUCUCUCGGAGCUGAUAUUGUCGUACUUUUGAAAGUACUUACAACACAUUAAAUGUUUUAGAGAAUAUGUAAAAAAAUUCUGUGAGGAAACUGUGUGAUGUAACAAACUAGGUACAAUUAUAUUUGCCUUUGUAUUUUGACAAGGGAUUUUGCCUCUUAUGCAUAAGUUGCUGUUCAUUUUAAUCAGUAGCAGUAACCUUUUGGAGAGGCACAAGAAGUGGUGCAAAGGAGAAGAUCAUGUUUAGAAAAAAAUAUUAGAUUAUGUGGAUUUUAUUUCUCAUAAAAGCCUGCCUUUAAAGAUAAAAAAUUAAUCUGACAUUACCCUGUAAUAUUUGUAAAAUGUUAAUUUGAAAUUUGCCUUGAAUCCAGAUCUGGCCUCCUGAUUGGUGGUUCUUUGUUUUAUAUGCAUCUGACAGCAGAGGAGUGUGACGAGGGUUUGUCACGUGGCAGUAACACUCAGACACGUGACGACCACCUCAGUUUAAUUAUCUGUAUUUUUGUAUUUUGUUUUGUCCAAUUACAUAUGCACCACUACAUGGAGAAGAUGACCAGACACAUGGAAAUGUUUUGUCUCUGAGCAUCUGUUUCAUCUAAGAGACAGAUGCUAAGUACAUAAGUGUGAAUAUGGUGAGUGUGAGGAGGUCUGCCAACCAGUUAAAAUGCAGCCUGUGCCUUUAUAACACUGCCUUAUGUUAUCAGUUAGCAUUUAAACCCUGACGCUUCACUGUUGUUGUUUAUUUCUUCCAUGCUUACAUUGUGGUAGAAAGUCACUUUACUCAGUACUGUCACUUUUUUGUCAUUCCAAUUUAUGAUGUAAUUAUUUGAUUUUAUCAAGGCAUGCAUUUUUUUAUGAAUAAAAUUGGAAUAAUUUGUCA